AUGCCAAAGGGAAACACUAAAACUUCUAAGGCUAAAAAUACUAAAGACAAAAAGGCUAAAAAGGAUCCAAAUAGACCAAAAAGACCUCAAACACCAUAUUUUCUUUACUUACAUGAACACAGAGCUUCUAUUAAGGAAGAACACCCAGAUGCUAAAGUUACAGAGAUUGCUAAAAUUGCAUCUGAACAAUGGAAAGCUCUUGGAGAAGAAGAAAAGAAGGAAUAUCAAGCUAAAGCUGAUGCUGCUAAAGAACAAUACAAAAAAGAUAUGGAAAAAUACACUGGUAAAAAACAAGUUUCUGAGGAAGAAGAAGAAGAAGGAGAAGGAGAUUCUGAAUAA